GGACAGUCGAGCUCCCCAGGCGACACCUGUUGUUCGGACAAUCUCGCCAGCCUGGCAGCGUAGCCUGCGCUCUUUGCCUUUGCCGUCGAACCCGCCGUGCCUGUAGGCUUCCCACAACCGAGUCACACCGACGACGCCGCCGCAAUCGUCACGACCAUCGACCGGACUCGAUUCUUCUCGUGCGCACCUCGCAUUCUUCCUCUCGACGGGCUUGUGGGGCUGAUCACAUCAAGGGUCUUGCUGCUCCUCCCCAUGCACGUCUGCAGCCGGCCAACGCACCCAAGCUGUCUGACUGUCGUCCUGUCCUGAACGCAGCUUUUCCAAUCCUCACAUAGUCGCAUCGUCUUCGGCCCAUUCGUGUUCGUCUGCUCGAUCUGUGGCGUGCGCUCGAGCUUGCGUUCCAUGGGCUGACACAUGCCAGAGCCCCGAAGGUUACACUACCGUCUUGAUUGGCCUGAGAGGGACGACCCCACCUGGCUCGUACCUGCGACUCGACUCCCGCCCUCACCACCUCUUCAUCCCGCCGAAUCUACCAUACCAACCUUUGCUCUGAGUUUCUGUCCUCGGACGCAGCGUAGACAGAGAUGGCGUCUCCUUCUUCUCGCGAAACCAAAGUGACGAUGACGCUCCAAAAGGGCGAGGAUGCUCUGACCAAACGCGUCAUUUCCUCGGAGUCGUCCUGUGGUCCAAUACAGAUAGGCAGAGCGAGCAAGACAGAGCGGAAACAGCUCAUACCAGCAAAAGACAACAUGUGGAUCAGCAACCCGGUCAUUUCACGCAACCAUGCUGUGCUCACCAUCGAGAAGAGCAACCUGUUUGAUGCUUCGUGUGUUUACCUCGAGGAUGCUGGCUCAUCCCACGGGACAUUCGUCAACAACACUCCUAUCAAGCCGAGAGACAGACGACAGAUCAGCAGUGGUGAUUUGAUUCAGUUUGGCAACAAGGUUCAGAGAGGCACUGAUGAAUACGAUCCUCCAGUCUACAAGGUCACGAUCGAACACUUGCAACGUCCACAAACAGAGUCUUUGUCUUCCUCAACGGGCCGCAGCAUCAGCGUACCGGAAGAGUCGGAAGAGUCUGAUGUGGACGAGUCUAACAGCGCCGUGGGCUCUACAGACUCUCACUCAUCCCCACCAGGCUGGGGUGAGGAGAAGACUACACGAACGAGCACAUUACAUGGUGGCAUGAACAGUCCGUUUACCGAUGAAAAUGCUCCUGCGCAAGCACCUGUUGCCAACGGCAUCGCAUCGAGGGGUGCUUCAGAAGAAUACGAACCGUCACCCGACGUCCCCGUUGUCCAGGAUACGUACGCGGAACUUGAGAUCGAGGAAGCACAAGAAAUGGACAAGGAAGAGAUCGUUUAUGACGGGCCAGAUUUCAAAACUAGUGACGAGUCAAUACACACGCGACAGUCGCAGGCUUACAUUCCGCCUACCUAUGAAGACUAUGUUCCUCAGCAGCAAGUUCAGCUGCCGCCGAUGGACGACUUGUCACAACUGCCGACGAUCCAACCUAAGCUCUCGACAUACAACCAUUAUCGUGAUGGCCCAUUUGCCCAGCCACCAGAGGUAUACAGUGGCAUAGUGAGUUCCUACGAUUUCGACGACUUAUCCUUAGGAGGAGAAACGACUAAGUUGGAGCAGACAUUUGGUGUAUCAGAUGACGGCCAGACUCAAGACAAUAUGGGUUAUGUGUCCCACAUGUUUCCAGUGUCUGCACAGACCUCCUCUUCGGUUCUGCCGUCAAUUACGGUCACUACGCAGGAGCUACUCCAGAACACGCAUGAGAGUUCUACGAAAAACGACAUGUCAAUCAGGAGCAUCAUCAACCCUACUCCGACCAUAGGCACGAAGCGAAAAGCGGACGAGCUUUAUGAGGCUGAGCAUUUGAUCGACAAUCCUACUCAGAACGGGGACGUAGGUGGUAAUACUGAGUCGAGCGGAGGACAGUCACAUAAUGCUUUGACGGAAGUCAAAAUUAAGGCCGCUGAGAGCAAGGAGGUAUCUAGGUCUACUACCCCUCCUGUGCCGCAUCGCCCAAAGAAGCGACUUCGCUCCAGCAUCGUUACUCACCUUGGUGCCUUCGCGUUUGGCGGGGUUGCCAUGCUGGCUGGGCUUAUGUCUCUACCUGACAAUUUUUUCGGCUAAGCUAAACCGCUUACCUUGGCACUCGUUCCAAAGCUCUCUCGAGGAACACAAAGAGAGAGGCAUGUUUGGUUGUGUUACUUUGUCUUUUGUCUGGCGUUUUUCAUGGGAUUGCAUUUCCGAGUGGUGAGGCGAGAUACACAGCUUGUAUGGAGGGCAAGGAGCGAGUCAUAUAUAUGGUUUGCACAAGGUUGAAGAUAUUCCCCUGCAGUUGAUGUUCAGUGAGGGUAUUCCUAUGGCGCACACGGUAGAGGUCUCGAUUAGUCCGGCAAUGAAGUGGCAAUUCCAGAAGAAUAUUCUCG